AUGGACCUCCCGAAGCUGCUCGCCGCGCCGGCCGCGCGCGGGGCCCAACAUGGCGGCGGCGGCGGCCCCGGUAGACUCCGCCGCGGCCCGGGGCCCCCGCCCGGCGCGGGCCCCGCGCGCCGCCGCCUGCUCCUGCUGCGGGGCCCGGAAGAUGGCGGGCCGGGGCCGCUGCGCGGGGAGGCGGGGGCGGCGGCGGCGGCGGCGGGCCCGGGGCCGAGCCCCCCGGCCCUCGAGGACGGCGGCGACUCCUUCGUGGUGCUGCUGGAGGUGGCGCGCGGGGCGGCGGCCGAGGCCCCCGGGGGGCGGGCGGUCGGGCCCGGCGCUGGCGCGAGUCCCCCCGGCUGCCCUCAGCAGGGCCCCGGCGGCGCGGCCGCCGCCCCCGGGUCCGGCGCGGGCCUCGCGGGCACCGUCACCAUCAACAGCCAGGACCUGCUGGUGCGCUUGGAUCACGGCGUGUUCACGCUGGCCGCCGCGCCGCCGCAGCCCGGCCCGCCGCCCCGGGGCCCGUCGGCGCCGCCGGGAGAGGAGGCCGCGAGCCCGGCCGAGGGCCGCCGCGGCCCCCAGGGACCCGGCCUCGGCGCCCCGGGAUACCGCUGCCCCGAGCCGCAGUGCGCGCUCUCCUUCGCCAAGAAGCACCAGCUCAAGGUGCACCUGCUGACGCACGGCAGCAGCCAGGGCCGGCGGCCCUUCAAGUGCCCCCUGGACGGCUGCGGCUGGGCCUUCACUACCUCCUACAAGCUCAAGCGGCACCUGCAGUCGCACGACAAGCUGCGGCCCUUCGGCUGCCCGGUGGGCGGCUGCGGCAAGAAGUUCACCACCGUGUACAACCUCAAGGCGCACAUGAAAGGGCACGAGCAGGAGAACUUGUUCAAGUGCGAGGUGUGCUCCGAGCGCUUUCCCACGCACGCCAAACUCAGCUCCCAUCAGCGCAGCCACUUCGAACCUGAGAGGCCCUACAAGUGUGACUUUCCCGGCUGUGAGAAGACAUUCAUCACAGUGAGUGCUCUGUUUUCCCAUAACCGAGCCCACUUCAGGGAACAAGAACUCUUUUCUUGUUCUUUUCCUGGGUGCAGCAAACAAUAUGACAAAGCCUGUCGCCUGAAAAUUCACCUGAGAAGUCAUACAGGUGAAAGACCUUUUAUUUGUGAUUCUGACAGUUGUGGCUGGACCUUCACCAGCAUGUCUAAACUCCUACGGCACAAAAGGAAACAUGAUGAUGACCGGAGGUUUACCUGCCCCGUUGAAGGCUGUGGGAAGUCUUUCACCAGAGCAGAGCACCUGAAAGGCCAUAGCAUCACCCACCUGGGUACAAAGCCAUUUGAGUGUCCCGUGGAAGGGUGCUGUGCCAGGUUCUCUGCCCGUAGCAGCCUCUACAUUCACUCUAAGAAACACCUGCAGGACGUGGGUGCUCCAAAAAGCCGUUGCCCAGUCUCCAGCUGUAACAGACUCUUCACCUCCAAGCACAGCAUGAAGGCACACGUUGUCCGACAGCAUAGCCAGCGCCCAGAUCUCUUCCCUCAGCUUGGAGUUCCGAGCUCUCUCAAGCACAGCAGCGAUCUUGGCAGCCCAGGCCAAAGUGAGCUCAACAACAUAGACCUGGCAGCGCUCUUCUCCGAUGCACCAGGUGAUGGUGGUGUUGCGGCCGGGGCCUCCGACGAGGCGCUGAACUCUGGCAUCUUGACUAUUGAUGUUACGUCUGUGAGCACCUCGCUUGGAGGGAACCUUCCUGCUAACAGUAGUUCCUUGGGGCCCAUGGACCCUCUGGUGUUGGUGGCGCACAGUGAUAUUCCUCCAAGCCUGGAUAGCCCUCUCGUUCUGGGGACGGCAGCUACGGUUCUUCAGCAGAGCAGCUUCAGUAUGGAUGACGUGCAGACUGUAAGUGCAGGGGCAUUAGGCUGCCUGGUGGCUCUGCCUGUGAAGAACCUGAGUCCGGACCCACAGGCUUUGACCUCAGGUGGUCAUUUAGCAGACAGCACCAGCGCACUGACCUCUCCAAGCCCUCCGCCUGGAAAGACCAACAGCCCGGAACUGCUGACUCCAAUCAAAGUGGAAUUGGACUCGCCUCCUGGCCCCGACACUGUCAGGCAGCAAGAACGGAGCCGAGGGACACCCCGGUCGGUGUUCUGCAGCCCUGCAGAAAAGCACAGUCCUCAGAAAGACACGGGGCUCAGUGCGGGGACCGGCAACAUCUAUUUGGAAAGUGGGGGCUCAGCAAGAACUGAUUCCCGAGCCAUUCAACUAGCCAAGAAAAAAAAGCAGAGAGGAACUGGGAGCAAUGCAGGAGCCUCAGGUCCCGCUCAGAGGAAAAUGAAAGGUGGCAUGGCCAGUCCUGCUCACUGCCACACAAGCCCAACUGGUUGGUUGUACGGGAACUUAGUGGUGCCCAGUGGAGGUGUGCCAGGACCAGCUCCAGCAGCCGGUGUGCAGUGCGUUCAGGUCCAGUUGCUGCAGGAUGACCCCUCCAGUGAAGCAGCCUCGCCGUUGGUCCUCAGCCCACAGCCUUCUGCCUUCCACCCCCUGUAUGCUGUGGAUUUGCCCAUCUACGUCCUCCAGGAGGUGCUUCCUGCAGCUGGAGGGGCUGCCAGGCCCGAGGAUGUGCAGUGUGCAGGGAGCACCAUCAAUCUGCGAGACCUGCAGUGACGGCAGCCCUCUGCCCCGGGGGUGACACCUCUGGUCUAUGUCCCAUGAGACUCCAUUACGUGGUCGUGCAGUCCCCAUAGGGUUCCUGCUCAGAAGGCUAGCCGAGCUCCUUGGAAACCUAUGGGCACAUUUCUCAAAAAUGUUUUUCUUAUGUUUUAUCAGGAACCAUUUGGGGGCUGUAUUUGUUGAAAUUGCCUUAUACGAGCAAAGUGCUUCGCUGAGGCAAGGGACUGCCUUCAGGGCAGAGCACAUGGCUUUCCCAUACUCGGCCAUGCAGGGAUAUCUCCUGUCCCAUUCCAUCUGCACCAUGGAGCACCUGCUGCGUUAGAAAAACAGACUUACGCAGGAUUGGGGUAGAGUACAGAGUCCCUAGUCAAGUACCAGGUAUUUGUAGUAAAAGCCAGUGGGAUCUUUCAGCUUCUUGUGUUUUAGUGUUUGGCCUGAGGGAGAUCUGGAAACAGUUUUCCCUUUCUGAGAGCUGUUUCCCAGCCCCCUGGGUGGUGUUUGCAGUUGGGCUGAUUCUGUCUCCCUCUAGGGCAGAAGCGGGCAUGUUGUCACCAUGAAGCCACCUUGGAAUCCCCAUGUCGGCAGAGCCCGCGGACAGCUGGCGUGUGGGGUGACGUGGGGUGCACUGAGGCCCUGUUAGCAAGGCCUCCUCACAGACCAGACUUAGACCUUAUAAUUCGGGGAUGGAUGGUAGCGUUAACACUAAAUUCUUCUAAAUUCUGUUUUUGGGUGUUCAUGUUUAGUAAUUUGUCCAGUUUCUAAAGUCGUGGCCUGAUUACUGCUGACAUGUAGGAUGGUGACAGUGGCCUGUGUGCUUGUCAUGGUGCAUGUGUGCAUAGACUGCAUCCCCGUUGUUUCCAGAGUACAAUCUGUCUUGCAAAGGAGAUGAUCUGAUAACCUUGCACAUAUUUAUUUGUUUGCUAGCAGGACUGGCCGCGGGUCACUCAGAAGUGCUGUUUUCCACCUUGUGCCUAUCAAGGCACAUGUCUUUUGAGAAGCUGUUUGGUUCUUGGACGUGGAAUUGUCCAGACUCUGCCUGUUUUGUGUUUCUUCGUGUCUGGAGUUGUCAGCCUUUGACAAUGACCCCAGCACUCAGGUGUGAGUCCUCCCUGUAUCCUGCUCUGAGGUGCUGUCUGUUUGGGUGCUUUUCUACCCACAGGAACUCGGGCCCCAUUUAUAAACAGUCUUUACCCGCAGAGCCCUGUGCCAUGUCACAGACUAAGGUUUUGUGUCCGCUUGGCCCCUCAGCCUCCCAGUCACCCAGCAGCCCUCUCCCUGCUUGAGAGCCAGCCUGCCUGCCAGGGUGGCCUUGGGGGCUGGUGGCCACCAUUGUCCUGGUGGGAGUGGGGCCAGGCCAUGGGAACACUCGCUUCGGAGUGUGUCACUAGACCUUCCCCCGGGACAUCUCCCCCUAUGGAGUGAUUGGUGCUGACUGGCAGUUUUCUGGGCUCUGGGUUCCUUGGUGGCCAAGGGCCCAACUUCUAGUACAAACGAAUAAAAGUUUUUGUAUAGUCACGUA